UUUCAGUCCUAUUGGCCAAGAUUCGGAUGGCUCGUAUGGAUCCGGAAUACUUCAUGAAAAUCGUCAAAGCCAACGAUCUAGUGAAGGCCAAUGUGGCGUGCAGGCCAAUCAUCACUGAUGUACUGAAGGUCAUCUAUGAUCUUCAUGAUGAACGUCCACGAUCUGAUUUUGAGAACCCACUGAUCCGCCCGCGCUUGCCCUCUGACAUUUUGCUGGCUGUUGGUGGAUGGAACAUGCGCACGACAAACUGGAUUGAAGCCUAUGACACCCGGGCCGACCGCUGGGUGGAUAUAACACAGGGGCAGGAGACUCGCCAGUCCGGCCAUGGCAGUGUGUGUUUAAAUGGCUUCAUGUAUUGUUUUGGGGGUUAUGAUGGCCAUAAUUUCACCGAUGCUGUGCUCAGAUUUGACCCCGUCGCACGGACAUGGCAGCACAUGGCCCCUAUGCACUGGCGCCGCUGUUGUGUCAGUGUGGCCGUAAGUAACGGCUUCAUCUAUGUGAUGGGUGGCCGUUUAGACGUGUCGCCUCUGAAUAUCGUAGAGCGAUAUGACCCAAAUGCCAAUGAGUGGACCAUCAUCCAGCCCAUGAACGAGGAGCGACAGGAUGCCAGUGCCACCACCCUGAAUGGAAAGAUAUACAUUUGUGGGGGUAGCAAUGGAGCUCAGACCACUUCCACUGCGGAGUGCUAUGAUCCACUCACGGGCGAAUGGACCUUGAUCGUGGGCGGUACCAACGGGGCUCAUCCAGUGCGGACUAUGGAGGUCUAUGACCCUGCAAUUAACCAGUGGCACGCUGGGCCUCCCAUGAGACAACAAAGAAGCUAUUUCGGCAUCGCAGUGGUGGACGGCUUGCUGAAAUGA